AUUCUUCUUGACCUAAACCAGUUUGACAGCUUUGCCUUGACUCGCAAACCACAUAACCCAGACCUGAGGUCGCUUGUCACGCACAAGGUAAAACACAUCUAGCCCUUGUGUUCUUCGGUCUUGUUUUCUGAGGAGAAUGGCAGACAAGGAGUAUAUACCGGAGAGACGAAUGGUGCUGAUUGGUGAUAGAUGGUCUGGCAAAAGCUCCUGUGGCAACACCAUACUGAGGAAAGAAAGUUUUGAGUGUGGGCUGACAAGAACAGCUCAGUCUGAAGUCAGACAUGAAGAAGUGGAGGGCCGGAAUCUGGUGGUUGUUGAUGCUCCGGGUUGGAAGAUCUCGCGGUCCCUCAGAGAGAUCCCAGAGGGAGACAAACAGCGAUUCAAACUCAACGCCUCCAAAUGCCUGCCUGGACCUCACGCUUUCCUCCUUGUCAUUGCAAUUGAUUCUGCCUUUUCUGUUGACCAGAGGAAGACCGUGCAAGAACAUAUGAAGCUCCUGGGGGAGCGUGUGUGGCAAUACAGUAUGGUGCUUUUCACUUGUGGAGACUUCCUGGCAGAGAAGACCAUUGAGCAGCACAUUGAGAGCGAGGGCCCGGAACUCAAGUGGUUGAUAGAAAAGUGCAAUGACAGGUAUCAUGUGUUCCGCAACAAGGAUAAGACCAACUUAUCUCAGGUCACACAGCUGAUGAAGAAAAUUGAUGAGAUGGUGGAGAACAAUGACGACAGCUUCUAUGAGCUAGAUGAGCACAUACUUGUCACCAUUCAGAAAAAGCAAGAAGAAGUGGCUAAGAGGGCCAUAGAGAGAAAGAGACGGGCAGACGAGCAAAGAAUGCAACUGGAAGGGGCCAUUUCAGAAAUGACACCCAUUCAAAAACUUCAGCUAGUUCUCUUGGGCAGUCGAUUCGUCGGAAAAACCUCCGUAGGGAACACCCUCUUGGGAAUCAAAGAGCAUGAAGAUGGAAGAAGGACAACUCGCUCGCUGGCCCAACAGGGCUCUGUGGGUCGAACUGAGACAACAAUUGUGGACACGCCAGGCUGGUGGAAAAGCUUCCCCGCUUGCGACACCCCGGAGGUGAUUAAGGAUGAGUUGAAGCACAGCAUUUUUUUGUGUUCUCCAGAACCCCACGUCUUCCUGCUGGUGAUAGAUGCAGAAGCCUCUUUCAACACCAAGCACCUGGAUGCAGUCACAAGUCAUGUGGAGCUACUUGGGGAGGCCGUGUGGGAAUACACCAUGGUGGUUUUCACCAAAGGGGACUGGCUGGGAGAGCGUACCAUAGAAGAAUACAUCGAGGGUGAGGGGAAAGCCCUGCAGUCUCUAGUGGAUCGAUGCGGCAACAGAUAUCACGUUCUGGACAACAUCAACGAAGAUGAUGGCACUCAGGUGAAAGAGCUGAUGGAGAAAAUCACAAUGACAAUGGCUGGGAACCAAGGCCGGCAUUUUGUACCUGAUAAGAGAAUGCUGGUGACCCUGAUGGCGAAAAAAAGGCAAGUUGAAGAGGCUGCCAAACGGAGGCAAAGUCAAGUGAAGGCUGCAAGCGCAGUUGGGAAAGGUUCCACCCACAAGUUGAAAGAGCUGAGAAUUAUGAUUCUUGGUCAUAAGACCUCUGGAAAGACAUCAGUAGCAAAUUACCUCAUGCAAAGCAUUCUGUUCCCCACCCGUCCAAAUGACCAGUGUCUGGUGAGGAAAGCGCUGGUUGCUGAUAGGGAGGUCACAGUGGUCGACACCCCUGGUUGGUCUCAGGAGGCCUCACAUUGCAGCAAGCAGCAGGACCGAGAAAUAGUCAGAGGUCUGACCUUGAGCCCAAAGGGUGUCCACGCUGUUCUGAUUGUGAUUCCAUUAGAUCUGAAAUUCAAGGAAACUGAGCAGGACAACCUAGAGGAUCACAUGGAGCUCUUUGGUGACACCAUCUGGAACCACACCAUGGUUCUCUUCACAAACGUGGACACCCUGACAGAUAUGUCACUAGAGGAGUCCAUUGAGACGGAGCACAGUGCACUACACUGGCUGGUGGACAAAUGUCAAAACAGAUACCACUACUUGAACAUCUCAAAGAAACCAUGCUCGAUCCAGAUCACCCAACUGUUUAAGAAGAUAGAUGAGAUGUCAGCAAAGAACGGGGGCCACCUCUUCCGCCCUGACAUGGAGAACAUCAACCUCAGGAUGGAAGAAGUGUUCCAAAAGAGGAAACUCACAAAUCAGCUGACGGAGAUGCUCAAAAUGCGUGAGUUACAGCUAAUGGUCUACUUCAGGGAGAAGUUCCUGCUGCUGCGUAAGGACAUAGCUGACUUAUCUGGCGGAAUGCACCGAAAGCUGCCGAGCUUAAACAAAAAGGACAAUGACAAGAAGAAGAGUCUGCUGUCAAAACUCGAGCAGGAGAUUGAAGAGCUGAAUAAGGCUGUUAUGGAAUUAACAAAUCGGAACAGCAUGGACUUCCUACUGCCUACGUUGAGCACAAGGAGACCACACUCUGAGAAUGUUAUGGAAUGGAUGGAAUGGAAAGUCGGUCAGGUGGCCUCCAACUUUUUAAAGACAUCAGAAUACAGUUCCAUGGGUACACAAAAUAACUCAGCUUCUAGUCAAAAAGUGGAUUGACAGAAUGAGUUAAUUGCGCUUUUUUCAGCCCUCUGUACAAUUUCACUGUUCUCCAGUCAUGCAGUUGUCUGUGUACCAUUACAGAGCGUGCAUACAGGAAGUGUUACCUGCAUAUGAAGAGCUUGCAACCAAAAGGCGCUAAAUCCAUUUUGACUGAUUUCGAGAAAAUCAAUGAUUUUUAAUUACGCACAUAUCAAUCUAUUUGGUCAUCAAGUCUAUAUUGCAAAUGAAAGAGCUAUCAAUAUAGGUCAUAAAAAUGCAUGCUAUAAAAAUCCUGCACACACCAUGUAUUUUAUAUAUUUUUUUAAAUUAUUUUUUUUUUUGGUGACAGUGACAAAAAUCAUCUCAUUACAAACUCUUUACAUUGUAAAGAGCCACACGCACAUCAAUUCCCUAACACCAAAUGGCACAUAUGGGACUGAAUCAAACACAAAAUUUCAACUCACCUUCACCGCUAUUUGAUCUCCUUUUAGCCUUGUUUUUCUUCCAUUUUUCCUUCAUUCUUCUGUCUUUUCCUUGGGUUAUUUGUUAUAUCAGCUAGCUCAUUCAUGGUAAAACUGCACUAGGAUUGUAUAAAUUGCAGUAUUUUUGCGACUUCGUAUUCGAUCAAAAUGUACACAAACAAAACAGGAUGCGCACUGAUACUGGCUUUCUGUAUGUGCAGUGCCAAUUGUAUUCUUCUCUCUGAUUGGUCAGAUUAUCAAUAGAUGGGAAACUUGGGCCAAUCAGAAUAAAGAAUAAAGAAAGGGAUUUAGCUCCUUUUGGUUGAAAUCUGAAAUGGAAAUAGCGCCUUUUGGUUGAAAGCAUAAAUUUCAUAUCACUUUUUUUCAUAUUUUUAAAAAUGAUUUCAAGACCAAAAUAUGUGAUUUGGAUGACAGAGGUCUAUCAAACUCAUGAAAAACAUGCAACUUAGUGAAAAUUGGAUUUAGCGCCUUUUGGUUGCAAGCUCUUCAUAUAUGCAACUUAUAGCUCACCGAUGUCUGGAGUUGUAAAUAGCCUUUUUCAUCACAAUGUGUGUGCCUACCCAAGAUUUCCUAAACACGGGUAGUCCUGCGGUGGUUUGUCUGCAACACGUUCUGUUCCUUUGGCCCCUCUUGGUUGCCUUUCUCCAUGAGUAUCUCCCGUUUGUUUGCUGUCUGAAUUUUAGUUCUAUUUCCUGUAUGUGAAGGUAGGCAGCAUGGCCGUUUUCUCUUGAGAAUGGCAUUCCAAAGCGGAGUGUGAGUGAUUGCAGUGUGGUGGUGUAUGUGUGUGUGUGUGUUUGGGGGGCAUGGAGGGGCGCACUCAGAUUAUUUUGUCACAAGCAGAAUUGGCCUGGAGGUGGGCCGUGGGUGGAAUAAUUCAUUCAUUCAUUCAUUUUCUUAUCACGAGGGGCGUGGGGGUGCUGGAGCCUAUCCCAGCUGUCUUCGGGCGAGAGGCGGGGUACACCCUAGAUAGGGUGGGUGGAAUAAUUGGUGGAAUAAUUUUUUUGUAAGCUUUGGAAAUCCAAGGAAAUACAGCUGGAAUAGGGGAAGAUUCAGGAAGAUCGAGAAAGCCGUCUGUUAUUGUGUGUUGCUGCUCUAUCGGAGUCCGAAAAAAGGGGCCCAAAAAUUUGCUCAAUAGGUAAUACUGCUAUCUCCCAUUUGUUAUAGCUUUUGGGAUGGUUCACAAUAUUGAAUUUCCUCUGAUUACAGUUGAAUAAUUUUCAAAAUGUAAAUAAAUAUAUAAAUCUG